AUGAAACGGUUUGAAUCCGCUCUAGAAGCGGUGAAUCCUGCUCUGCGCUUUCCAUCGAGGAACAACUAUAUCGCGACAAAAUUCGACCUCAAACCACGAGAAACAAUGAUACGGGAACAUCCUCACGUCAUACAUGACGAUCCUUGGUGUCGAAUUUGGUUCAAGCAAGACGACGAGUAUAAUUGCCCGAAAGCUGUGACUAGGAUCGCCCUCAUUUCUCCAAUGAUGAAUAGUUCUCCAAAAUCAUCAAUGCUCGCACAAAUAUACGCUUCGUGUUUCCGAGAUGCUUUGACGGAAGUUAUUUAUAAUGCGAUGCUGGCAGGAGUCUACUGCGAUAUAAGCUCAUAUGAUUUUGGGCUGGCUGCUGGAAAUCUCAAUGUACAAGAAGUGGAAGCAUUCGGAAAAGAGAUGUUUCGCGCUUUCUCUAUUGAAUUUUUUAUUCAUGGCAACACAACAGAACAGUUUUUUUCAAACUACCUCACUGCUACGCAGGAUUUUGCCUCGUUGAAGAGUAUAAAUCGUGGAGUAUCCCCUUCGGAGAUAUUCAUCAAUUUCAAUCAGAAGACCUACUGCAGAGGCAACGUUUCAUGGCAAAGAAGACCUGGCGUAACGAGCUAG